AUGUCUUCACCAGCCCUUUAUGUGAAGCUCAUGUUCCUCUGCAACGCCGCAACCUCUCUCUACGGGGGCUACCAAUCGUACAUCGCCAUAACAAAUCUUAAAAAGUACGAGGAGACAAGUAAGAAAUUGGCCGAGUGGUCGAACACAGCUGCAGAGCAUCUCCAGAAAACGAGGACAACACAGGGAGCGGGAGCUAUCGCUAUCAUCCUCUCUUUUAUUAUCUCAACUAUCCUCGCAGCCGGCGGCACAGCCCUCCCAUUCUGGUUCACUGUAGCUGCCUCUCCUGCUAUGCUCGUAGGCGUACUGGGUGCGCGGCAGUAUAUCAAGGGAUACUGGAACCCCAACGACAAAGACUCUGUUGGGACCAGAAUCCCGUUGCCCAAUAUGGAGGGCUACAACGAGGCACAACGGCGGACCGAGGAGGUGCUGAACACGUUGCAGUAUCUUGAGUAUGGCUGGGUGGCUACGACUUUCAUUGCCGGUAUGGCCCAGAAGUCGUGA